AAAAUUGUAUGGCCGAAACAAGCUAGCGGGCAGUGGCAUGCGCCAUCAACUGCCAAUACGAAGAAGAUAACUAACGCAUACAAACUACCAAGUAGUCUUUCUGCCGCCAUGGCCACUCCUUCAACACUCUCCAGCGCCCUCCCCCGACGGUUCUUGACAAACAACGCCGCCCCAACUCGCCGUCGAAUCGCGUCCUUAGAAGAUCAGCCUUGUUCCUCUUCAGCCUGCUAUUCUGGGGGGUUUCGAAAGAAACAGCUAGUAGCUAUCACGGCGGGGAAAUGGGGGUGGAUGGGAAGACAACAACGUAAGACGGCAGAUGUGAGGUGUAGUGUGGGGAUAGAGGACUUCAUUGGAGGGGAUUUAGUAUGGUUUGAUUUAGGGAAAUGGCUGUCUGAUGUUGAAGAACAUAAAGCCUUGGCAAUCUAUCCUCCCCAUGAAGGAGGUUAUGAGGGGCGUUAUUUCACCCGUCUUAGGUAUCAAGGCUAUCAUUUCUUGGACCUCUCGGCUCGUGGCUUAGGUGACCCUGAAACCACUCUCACCAAGUUUCAUCCUGUUUGUCCUGCUCAUGUUGGAAAGCAGCCUAUAGCUAGGUGGUAUUUUCCACCAGAAGUUGAUUACAGGCUCUCUUUACUUCCUCCCGACGCCAAAGGGCUAGUGGUUUGGAUAAUAGAAGCUAAGGUGUUAUCAAAGGCAGAACUGCAGUUUCUUGCUUUACUCCCAACACUUCGUCCUAAAGUGAGAGUCAUUGCAGAAUGUGGGAACUGGAGAAAGUUCAUGUGGAAGCCACUCAAGGAAAUCGCAGAACAAUCAUAGGCAUAGGAGAACUAAACCCGAAAUUCACAGUUUGGAUAAACCUGUGUUACUUCAUUGCAACGACAAACAACGAGUUGUAAAGGAAUCAGAUCGCCUAUGUCAAGCCCCGAGCCAUGAUUAUAGUGUUCAUGGAUGAAUGUUAAUAUCCUUCCAAGUAAACGUUCACUUAUUGUAAUACGUUUUUGCCUUUGAAGUGUUUAUAAUACUCGUGAACCAUUUACUAAAUACAACUUACAGAGUUAUAAUUA